AUGGAUUCUCUCACAACUCAUCCGGCCACUGCGCAGCAGGCCCGGGCCUUCACUUCUCCUGCCUCUCUGUCAUUUCCCGGUGGUGCUGGUGAUCUCACGCCACCUUCCGAAAAAGACGCACAUAUGGCGAUGGCUCAAGGUGCCAAUGGAGGUUUGAACGGUCAGCAGCAGGGAGCAAAUGCCUCGAAUGGCAACGGGGUGGCGCCCGCAACUCCCGCUGCUACUCCUGGUGCCAACACUCCAGGGAGCGGCAUUGUGCCUACGUUGCAAAACAUUGUCGCCACGGUCAACCUUGACUGUCGCCUGGACCUGAAGACGAUCGCGCUUCACGCAAGAAAUGCGGAGUACAACCCAAAGCGUUUCGCGGCCGUGAUCAUGCGUAUCCGAGAGCCGAAGACGACUGCUUUGAUCUUCGCCUCCGGCAAGAUGGUGGUUACUGGUGCUAAGUCGGAAGAUGAUUCCAAGCUGGCGUCCAGAAAAUACGCCCGUAUAAUUCAGAAGCUCGGCUUCAACGCCAAGUUCACGGACUUCAAAAUCCAGAACAUCGUCGGUUCCUGCGACAUCAAGUUCCCGAUCCGCCUGGAGGGCUUGGCUAGUCGCCACCACAACUUCAGUUCUUACGAACCCGAAUUGUUCCCUGGUCUCAUCUAUCGCAUGAUGAAGCCCAAGAUCGUGCUCCUGAUCUUCGUCAGUGGCAAGAUUGUCCUCACCGGUGCUAAAGUCCGUGAGGAGAUCUAUCAGGCUUUCGAGCUGAUCUAUCCUGUGCUUUCGGAUUUCCGUAAAGUUUAA